AUGGUUGGCGUGGUUGGUUCCUCGAUUCCGGAGAACACUCCACAUGUAUGAUCUUACCCCCCUCCCUUUUUGGUGCUUCAUAAACACAAACGGCUGACAUUUAACGACAAAAAAAUAAAAAUAAAAUAGGCAGUGAGCGUUUCACUACCAACAUGGAAAUCUAUCGUCGGGUACGAAGAAGGAGCAGAAUGGGUAAUCAGCAAGAUGAAGACCGGUUAUCCACGCUUCUUCAUCCACAAGUCCAUACAAAAGCUCGCAAGCACGAUACUGUCCAAGUUCGGCCAACCAGGUGAAGAAGCAAUGCUCUUCCCGACUCCCUGUGUCGCAGCGAGAUGUCGCCAGUUCAUCAAGGCCACCUCGCAGACUACCCCUGCACCAACUAUUAGGGUCGUUGAGUUCGUGAGCAGGGCAGGGAAGGGAAGCUAUGGUGAUGGGAGACCCAUCUCGUCCGACCUUUGCGCGGUUAUGUACCCUGCUGGUGAAGCUAAGGUUGCGAAGCAAUUUUGGCAGCAUACGGGGGACGGGGUGUCUUCUCGCAGGGCGGAGUUCUGCCAGAGGGAAUUUGAUGAGGGCUUGCUGGUCGAAAAGAGUACUAUCGCUACCCAGAGCCCUCCACGCAUAAGCAGGGGACCGAAGAGGUAUUCCCGUGGGGAUGUGCAAUUCAAGUCGUUUUCUCCGGGGGAGGAGGAGCAGGAUACGUUUGUCGAGGAGAGGUUUGGUAGGAACUUGGAUCUGGCGUUUGUGGACAGCGCGAAGCUCGCUAUUCGAAGAAGGAUUGCGGGGUCUUUGAAAGUUAAUACGGAGCUUAAGGAUGCUUUGGAAUUGCCGAAUGAGGAUGGGAGAAUGGCUGAGGGGUUUUCCGAGAAUGAUGUUUACUUAUAUCCCACCGGGAUGAGUGCAAUAUUUAAUACCCAUAGAAUGUUAAUGGUCACUUUGGGGCCAAGUAAGAGUGUUUGCUAUGGGUACGCUCCAGCUCGCUUCUCUAAUAACUGUCACUAACCUUAUGUCCAAGCUUUCCGUAUAUUGAUACCCUCAAGAUCCUGGAGAGAUUCGGUCCUGGAUGUCACUUCUACGGUCACGGUUCAUCAGAAGAGCUUGAUGAUCUAGAACAGAAGCUCGAAUCCGAGGAACGCAUCCUAGUAUUGUUUUGCGAAUUCCCUUCGAACCCUCUGCUCAGGGCGCCUGAUCUACAGCGUAUUAAAGCGCUUGCGGAUAAAUAUGGUUUUGCUGUCGUUGUCGACGAGACGGUUGGAAACUUUCUGAAUGUUCAUGUCCUGCCGUACGCCGAUGUUGUUGUUAGUAGUCUCACCAAGGUUUUCAGCGGCGAUAGCAAUGUCAUGGGCGGAAGGUACAAUCUCCCCGACCUCCUAUCGAUAUCCAUCGCACUAACGGGAUUAUAGCUCUAUAUUAAAUCCUAAAGGCCGUUAUUACAAUCAACUAAAGGAAGCCCUCACCGCAGACUACGAGGACAAUCACUGGUGUGAAGAUGCCCUCUUCCUCGAGCGUAACAGCAGAGACUUUGUCUCCCGUAUUGAGCGAAUCAAUAGAAAUGCCGAGGCCGUUGCAGACCUACUCAAAUCCCAUCCCAGGAUUAAGAGGGUCUAUUAUCCGAAAUACUCUCCGACAAAGCCCUUCUAUGACAGCUGCCGUCGACCUGGCGGAGGAUACGGCGGUCUCUUGAGCGUUACAUUCCAUACCACCCAGGAUGCAAUUAGGUCUUUUGAUGCCCUCGAGGUUUCCAAGGGGCCUAGCCUUGGGACCAACUUUACUCUUGCAUCACCCUACACGCUAUUGGCGCAUUACGGUGAACUAGACUGGGCGGCUGGAUAUGGUGUUGAAGAAAACCUAGUGAGGGUAAGCGUUGGACUCGAAGAGACUGGGGAAUUGCUGGAAACCUUUAAGAAGGCGCUCGGAGCACUAUGA